AUGAACACUAAAUUACUCUCAUCUCUCUAUUUCUCCCCCUUUCUGUCUCUCAUCCUCUUUCUUUCUCCUACUCUCUCUCUCUCUCUCUCAUUUUAUCUCUUUUCCCCAUUUUUCUCUCUCAUUCUCUUUCUUUCUCUCGCUCUCAUUGUCUCUCUUUCUCCCUUUCUUCUUGCUCUCAUCCUCUCUCUUUCUCCCCUUUAUCAUUCUCAUUCUCUCUUUCUCCUCUUUCUCUUUCUUCCCCUUUUUUCUCUCAUUCUCUCUCUCUUUAUCUCCUUUCUCUCUCUCAUUGUCUCUAUAUCUCCCCUUUCUGUCUCCUAUCCUCUCUCUUUCUCCCCUUUUUCUCUCUCAUUCUCACCCCUUUUCUCUCUCAUUCUCUCUCAUAAACACACAUAUUUCAUUCUAUCAUUCAUCAUUAAAACGGACAAAAGAACAUUUUUGUUCGCACAGACAUUUUCCACCUAUCUAUCUAUCUAUCUAUCUAUCUAUCUAUCUAUCUAUCUAUCUAUCUAUCUAUCAGCCACUUGCCCUCUUUCUUUCUUUCUUUCUUUCUUUCUUUCUUUCUUUCUUUCUUUCUUUCUUUUUAUUCCCGACUCCAUUAGAACUUCCUUUUUUCCCGCCGAUUCCUUCUCCAGACUUUUUCAUUUCCCUUCUUUCAUCCCCCGCAUCUUCUCCAUUCUUUUACUUUCUUUUUACCCCUUUCUUCCAUUUCUUUUUUUAAUUUUCUUCCUUUUUCUUUCUCGUUUUCUUUCGUCUCUUUCUUUCUGUUUAUCACCUUCUUUCCUUUCUCUUCCCCUCCCAUUAUCUCUCAUUGACUUAAAUGUUGUUAGGUUAUCUAUCUAUCUAUCUAUCUAUCUAUCUAUCUAUCUAUCUAUCUACCUUUUUAGUAGGUCCGAGUGA